AUGGAUAUUCUACAAUUAUUAGAUUGUUCUAAACGUGUUUUAGUCGUUGGAGACGUGAUAUUGGAUAGAUAUAUCUACGGGAAAUGCGAUCGUGUAGCUCCUGAUAUCGCUGUCCCAGUUUUAACUGCAUUAUCCAAAGACUUCGCACUUGGUGGAGCUGGUAAUGCCGUUUGUAAUUUAAUAGAGAUGUGUUUGAUUGUUGAUUUUGUCACAAUUAUUGGUGAGAAAGAUAAAGUCAUAAUCAAUUUACUAAAGGAUAAGGGCAUAAGUGAAGAUGGUAUUUUAAGAUGUCCUAAUUACCGUGUUAAAGUGGUCUCAAGAUACAUUGCCAAUCGUCAUCAGUUUAUUCGAGUGGACAAACAUGUUGAUAGUCAAGUAAAAGACGAAACUGAAAACAGACUUCGAGACAUCAUAAAGAACAAGAUGGCUGCCAUAAAGUACGAUGCUAUUGUUUUGUCUGACUAUAGAAAGGGAGUUUUGUCUGAAGAGACAGCAAAAGGGAUAAUUUCUGAAGCCAACGUUCUACGAAUUCCAACCAUUGUUGAUCCAAAAAAAGGAAACUAUCAACGAUUUCAAGGGGCAACGUAUAUAAAACCAAACAAAGAAGAUGUAAGCUACUUAAUGGACAUUAAUGUUGUUACAAAGAGUAACAUACCCAUGAUCUGCAAACAAUUUUGUGAACGUUUCAAUAUAGAAUAUUGUAUUUUAACACUAGCCGAUGAUGGAAUAGCCUUCUACAAGAAAGAUGAGAGCGAUGGACUUCUCUUUGGGGUCAUUCCAACACAUAACAAUGUAGAUGUAGUCGAUGUAUGCGGUGCUGGAGAUACAUGUGUAGCUGCUAUUGUAUUUGGAGUAUGUCAUCAAUGGCCUCUAGACAAGACAUGUAACUUUGCAAACAUGUGUGCAGCUAACGUUAUAGACAAAUGUGGAACAAUACCUGUUAGAAUGCUAGAUAUAAUUCAUAAAGUAGUGUACAGCCAAAAGGAACUUGUAAACAUAAGGCGUCUUAUUCCAAAAAAAUCCACUAUUGUCUUAACUACAGGAUGUUUUGAUUUAUUACAUGAUGGUCAUAUAAAAUCUCUUCGUGAAGCAAAAGAUCUCGGUGGUCUUUUAUUUGUGGCCUUGAAUUCCGAUAUAUCCGUGAAGAAGAACAAAGGAGAUAAAAGACCAAUCAUACCUCAAACAGAUCGCUUAACUAUGCUUAUGGCUACAAAGUAUGUAGAUUUUGUCAUCAUGUUUGAUGAAGAAGUUCCGUAUUGGAUUAUAGAAACUCUAGACCCAGAUAUUUUUGUAAAGGGUCCUGAUCGUACAGAGGCAGAUCUACGAAAGCGUUUUCCAGGCAUUAAAAAAAUACACAUUACAGACAGUAAAGGUAUAUCAACUUCCGGUAUUAUAGAGAAAAUAAGAAAAUUAUGA